AUGAGCAGUGCACCUACAUCAAAAAGAGCAAAAUUUGACAACUGCGUUAGCGCUGUUGAUCUGAGCAUCGAACAAAAGAUAAAAAGCAAUCGACACGCGGAAAACAACCGGAAAGUGAAGGAAAAUUUUUGGCCGGAUGACCAUCCUGACGCACGAACAAUUACAGAUCAGAUUGGGCUCAUGCUUCUUCUGGAUGAAGAAUCACCAACAAAGGUCAAUCGCACAGGUUUUCGAAAUUUGCUUCGUCAUUUGCAGCCGAAAUACCAGCUCCCUUCUGCCGAAGAGUUCCAGGAAGUUGUCCUGCCACGAUUAUGUGAUCAGCUGAAAAGCAACCUUUCCGGUGUGUUGCAUAGUAAUGACAAGCAGCAUGAAAUGCGCCGUCGGCUGGAUGCUUUGGCGGCUACUUUAUUGGCGCAAAAGCAGAGCGCGAGUGCUACAAAUUUCAUUACAACUGGUUCAGAGUUUUUGUCUACCAACAACACGAUGCAUAAUGAGCAGGUAUGUUUGCAUACUGGUAUAGUUCUCUAUGGCAGACUGGGUUUCAUGUUUACUCCAAUACAGACUAGCAAAAUGACCUGUAAUAGACUACUUCGAAGCUACUGCUAA